GAGUGGCACAUGACCAGUAAAAAGGAAGUGGGAGCAAACACAGGCGAGAUUUGAGAUUACGCCAGAAAGAACUGUAUAUACCAUGUUAUACGCUUCGGGGUGAGAGAGGAGGCAGGAACGCCUCGACAUUUCAUGAUUUAUUUUGUGAAAUGGCCCCUCUACGCGGUGGAUUACGGAGCCUAAUAAACUGUCUGCUGAUCUGCGUCACUUUUAGCAGCUUCAUCUGCAGCAGCAGGGAGUCUGCUAAAUCCUACCACAAACCAAACAUUGUUUUAAUUCUUACAGAUGACCUGGACAUCUCCAACGGAGGACUGACCCCAUUAAUUAAGACAAAAAAGCUCAUUGGAGAUGCUGGUAUUUCAUUCAGUAAUGCUUUUGUUGCCAGCCCACUGUGCUGCCCAAGUCGAGCUAGUAUUCUCACGGGUAAAUAUCCACAUAACCACCAUGUCAUCAACAACACGCUGGAGGGCAACUGCAGCAGCGUAGCAUGGCAGAAGACUGAAGAGAGUCACACAUUCCCUGCAUUACUCAAGACUUUUGCUGGCUACCAGACCUUCUUUGCAGGGAAAUAUCUGAACCAGUAUGGACAUUCGGAGGCAGGAGGGGUGGAACACGUGCCCCCUGGUUGGAACUACUGGGUCGGGCUGGAAAAGAACUCUAAAUACUACAACUACACCCUGUCUGUGAAUGGAAAAGCUCAAAAACAUGGGUCCGACUAUAACAAAGACUACCUGACAGAUGUAUUGGCCAACCAGUCUCUAGACUUUUUACUGUAUAAAUCAAACUACCAGCCAUUCUUCAUGAUGGUGUCAGUGCCUGCUCCUCAUUCUCCUUGGACUGCAGCCCCUCAGUAUCAGGACAAAUUCAACACAACCAAAGCGCCCAGAGGUCCAAACUUCAACAUUCAUGGAAAGGACAAGCACUGGUUAAUUAGACAAGCAAAAACUCCAAUGAGCAACUCCUCAAUCCAGUUUUUGGAUGAUGCUUUCAGAAGACGGUGGACCACACUCCUGUCAGUGGAUGACCUAGUAGAAAAAGUAGUAAGACAAUUGGAAGUCAGAGGUGAACUGGACAACACCUAUGUCUUCUUUACAUCUGACAAUGGUUAUCACACAGGUCAAUUCUCCCUCCCUUUGGAUAAGCGACAGCUUUAUGACUUUGAUAUCAGAGUUCCUCUUAUGGUCAGAGGCCCAAAUAUUAAGCCAAACCAGACGAGUCAGAUGCUGGUGGCUAACGUCGACCUCGGUCCAACCAUGCUGGACAUUGCUGGUUAUAAUGUAAGCAAGACGCAGAUGGAUGGCAUGUCUUUCCUGCCAGUAAUGGAGGGUUUGAUAAACAGCAGCAGCUGGAGAACAGACAUCCUGGUGGAAUAUGAAGGAGAAGGAAGCAAUGUGUCCGAUCCUGCUUGCCCUCUGCUGGGUCCAGGAGUCUCGGAGUGUUUCCCAGAUUGUGUAUGUGAAGACUCUUACAAUAACACCUAUGCUUGUGUACGCACUGUUGCCCCAUCUGCCAAUCUGCAGUACUGUGAGUUUGAUGAUAAUGAGGUGUUUGUUGAAGUCUACAACAUGACAGCAGAUCCUUUCCAAUUGACAAACGUUGCAAGGAGUAUUGAACAAGAAGUUCUGGAAAAGAUGAACCGCCGGCUGAUGAUACUGCAGUCCUGUUCGGGGCAGUCAUGUCGGACACCCGGUGUUUAUGACCCAAGGUAUAAAUUUGAUCCCAGGCAGAUGUUUAUUAACCGUAGUUGGCAGCAUACUAGGCUGAGACAGAAAAUCAAACCAUGUUCCCAAAUACUGGAUGUAUAAGGGACUGGGUAAAAUCAUAUCUGAAGAACGAACAAAGAAGCUCAAAAGAAAAUGCACAGUAUUUUGAGUUAUUUGUGCAUUUUGCUAAACCAUACAUUUUUAGUCCACUCCUAAAUAUUUUAUACCUUUUUUAUUUUUAAUGAGUCAAGUGCAAGGCCUUUUUGAUAUUUAUUGUCACUUAUUUGAUCACAGGGUGCCUAUAGUUGCAAAUUUUCUUAUGGUCAUUUUAUUAUUUAUUAUUACAUGCAAUGCAAUACUGCAGUAUACAAGGUUAUAGUUACUUAACUAAAACGUUUAUGAUUAUUUUAAGAUGUGACUUUUUUUUUUUUUUUUUUUUUUUAAAUAAAGUCAAAUUCUGGCUGAUAAUGUGGGUUUAAAAACAUUUCUUAAACUUGUAUUUUGUACAAGAUUUGAUUGGACCCAGUUAUGUUGUGGUAAAGCCUCUGAUCUUGGGGACAUUAAGAAACAUCGUCACUGCAUUUCUUUGACAUUUGUGAGAUUGUGUUAUUUGUACACUUUAUUUAACUAUAUUUUAAACACAAUCUGUGCAGACUAACAACUUAGCCACAUUGUUUUUGUGUCUUAGAGACUGCAACGUAACUGAAGAUUGUUUAAAUGUAAAUCUUCCUUUUUGAUAACCUUCAAGAUAACAGUAUUGCUUGUGAAUCAAGUGUGGCUGUUAUGGCUGAUUGGACAAUGCAUCUCUGUUGUGCAUGUUACAAAUGAACUGACUGGACAUUUUAAACACUGUUAUUUCUUUGCUGUGAUGUUUUAAUUUUCUCAGAUUCCAAAACACUAGUACAGUCUCCAUCUUAAAAUUAAGACUGGUCACAUUUUACUGAAGCACUUUUUGUCAGAACUGCUUUGUUGUUUUGACAUUCCAUUUUUAUUGUUUGGGUGUAAAGUAAUUUUGGCUUGUGUUUUUGUCCAAAUAAAGUUAUUGUGAAUUACA